UCCUUUAUCAAAAGACUUGAUAACAUACCAAUAAUGUUGAACCAUGGAUCUUUGAUUGUUGGAAAAACAGGUAUUUUCAAAAGAAUUAGCAAAUGAAAUGGUUUCUCUUAUUUUUACCCAUUAAUUUACGAUAAACAGUAGAAUGUAUGAGUUGUUUCAUAAUUCGCAUUAAUUCUUGUUUUUCCUAAUUUUAAGAUCCAGUUCAACAUUAUUGGUAUGUUAUCAAGUCUUUUGAUAAAGGAACGAUUUGAUAUUGCACCCAAUUUCAAAAACAUGGUAUGAGUGUGAAAGACAUUUUUUUUAACUGACUUUCACUAGCCGUUAUCCUAUAAAAUAUGAAACGAAGACAGAAUAUUUUGAAAAGCUCUAUAUAAUGUGCAAUCGAUAUAGAGAUAAUAAUGACGUAAAAAUCCAUUUAGCAGAAUUUAAGAUAAACAAGCAGUUAUAUCGAGAGAAUUACUGAUAUUCUCUUGUGGGUCAUUUUAUGGUGAAUAUGCUCCUGGAAUUUUCUUUCAAAUCAUGGAGUGUGCCAGUUUCGUAUAAAUUGCUAAAUGUUUUAGGAAAUUAUUAUUAUUUGAAAGAUUAGCGAUAUUCAGUAUUAUAAAUAUAUAAGAUAUAUGAUAUAAAUCUCAAAUCGAUAUAUAUAUAUGUCGACCUAUAUUUAGCUUCCGUGAGAUUCUUCUAAGUUGAGAAGAUAUCCAAAUGUAAUUGUAAAGCGCGACGAGAACAGUAUAUUGAAAUUCGUUAAAUGUGAAGAGAACGUUUUGAAUAAAUAUUAGUAUAAUAUAUUAUUGCAUAUUAUUAGGAUCAAACAGGAGUACAUCCUGAAAUCGAUAAAGAUGCAAACAAAAUCGAUGUUGACCAAGUUCCAUUACAACAAGCAAAUGAAUUAUCAUCGACAUCAAGCAAAAUGUUGAAAGCCUCAUUCAUUGCUAAAGUAUGCACCGAGUUGGCUGUAACAAAAAAUUUAGCAACAACAGAUACAUUUUUAUGUCAUGAUGAAGGGGAUGUUAUUUUGUCAACACUUGGUUUUUAUUCACCUUCGGACUCCAAGCAUGCUGCUGGUUGUAAUGGAGUAUAA